UCGUUUACCACAUCAGUUCCACCAUGAAAGCAUGAGCUGUUUUACUCGAGCUCUGCACGGUUUAAGAAUGGCGGCUCCAAGAAAAGUCGCGAUAAUUGGCUCUGGAAACUGGGGUUCUGUGAUAUCUCGGAUUGUCGGUGCCAAUGUGAAAGACCAUCCGAAUCUAUUCCAGGAAGAAGUUCAAAUGUACGUUUAUGAAGAGCUGGUGGAAGGAAAGAAACUCACAGAGAUUAUCAACACAGAACACGAAAAUGUGAAGUACCUGAAAGGGUUUAAGCUCCCGGAGAACAUCAAAGCAACCCCAGAUGUAGUCACAGCUGCAAAGGAUGCAGAUAUUUUGGUGUUUGUUGUGCCUCACCAGUUUGUGAAGAAUGUUUGUUCAAAGAUGAAAGAUGUAAUAAAACCUGGUGUCAUUGCAAUUUCACUCAUAAAGGUAAUAAUCAGUUGUUCCACACAUUGAGUUCAAAUCCUCCUCCAAUUUCUGCAACUGCGCAUCCCUCUACUCAAGAGACUUGUUAAAUUCAAUUCAAAAUGCCAUAUUACAUACAGCCCUACAAGAUAGCAGUGGUUCUAGAC